UUCGAAAACAACAGGUCGGAUGUGUCAGACGAUAUGAGAGAGAGGCAUUGAUAUUUUCGCGAACUUAGGCCUGAAAUUCAACAAAGUCAUCUAUAUGCAAGCAGGGAGUUGACACUUUUUAUCGCACGUGAUCUAAGAGACGUUCUGUAGGCCUCCAGAAAUACUGCUUUCGUGUUUUGCAUCUGCAAUGGAGGAAGUAAAAGAGAGUGAAGAUCUUGUGAAUCAACUGCGAAGGCAAUGGGGCCUUUAUUUGGCUGCUACAAUUAGACAGGACAAACUCAUAUGUCUAGAGCAUUUUCUAAGAGAAUUCCUAAAGAUGUCUUAUUUGGUCAAAGGAGAUGUUAACAAAAUCCCAUCAUUUGGUGACAUCCAUAGUAUAAGUAACAUGGUAGCAAGGGAAUUCCAGACGAUAAUCCUAGCAAAGUGCCAGGAAUGUGAUGAGGAAUUGCUGGUGAAGUACCUGUGUCAUGGACAGGGACUCAUGAUACUGGAGACGCUUUGCAUUCUUGCAGGAAAGGUGGCCGGAUGCAGCAGUGAGCUUGCCAAUCUCCUUGUCACGCUACUUCCGGUUAUUCUUCGAAUUCCCCCUGAUCGACGUGACAUAUUACAAGAGCUGGAUUUGGCCAUGACCGAGUGGGAUAACUAUUUCCAAGACCCCAAGACCACGCCCUACCACGCAAUACUCGCCAACGCUCUAAUGAUGGAACACCUGAAGACCCGGUACACGUCCCACAUGCGUAGCACGACAAGUACACCCGAUCCACCGAAAUCACGCGCCCAAACCCUAACACAAGAACUCGUCUCACCCCCUAACGGUAGAAACCUCAAGGAGAGGAGGGAGGAUCGUGACUCCAGCACUGCCGGGGAUAGCGAUGGGCUGACGAGUAUUAGCAGUAUGGGAAGCACGAGCUUACAGAGCUCGAACGUUAGUGAUAAUUAUAAUGUACCGAAUUUGCUGGAGUUAGAGCUUCAGCAGCAAAGCAGUGGGAUUUCCAGCGCUGUGGGAAGCCUGGAGACCUCUUUAGGAGCGCUUUUCGACGAACCGGAAUUCAGUAUCACACCUGGAAAGGACCUUAUGGAGAUGGCAAAGGAACUCUUUGAAGUGAACACGUUUCAGCUACUUCUCCUGGUCUUGACGAUACUUGAGAAGCUCUGCUGUCGAGAGAUGUCGAACCAGGACGCGUCCUUGAUACUACAGACGUCGGGGCAGUUGAUUGAUUUGGUCGUAUGUCUUAGCGGUGCAAAUUGCCCAAGGCUCAUCUCGGAAGAGCUAGAGGUCGAAUGCACAUGGGAUGUCUCCACGGCAACCGCGGCACUGUUGUCAAUUCUUAGAGGUGUCUUUGCUCUCUUAUAUGCAGCUUGUAGGAACUCAAAGUCUGCAAAGCAGCUCGCUAAAAGCGCCUAUAUCAAGACUCUAGUUAAUGUUGUUGAGGAUCUAACUUCCAGACUCAACUUUUCAGCGAAGCAUUUCGACGAGUUGACGGAAGAGAUCGAGGCAUAUGAUUUCAGCAGUUCAGAUUCUUUGCCUGACGAUCUACACUCGCUGCCACAUUGGAUAAGGUUCCAGCCUUUGCUUUGUCUUGUUCAUUCUAUUCAAGGGUUGCUGACAUUUCUCUGUUCUGCACUUCAUUUUGGAACCCUCGUUAAUUCCUCCGUAGUUGCAUUCAUGCGCGAACUGCUGGAGCACUUCUCGACAAACUCUGGUUUCGACACUACUGUGAGUGUUAUAUCAAAAGUGGAAGAACUCCUCGUGGCUAGUUGUAAAGUGCCAGAGAAGGUCAACGCCCCAUCACCCGCACAAACCUUGCGCUCUUUACCCCGAGUCUCUCUCUGUUACAUCCUCAGUAACCUUGGUAAAGUCGUAUCUCUCAUCAAGAAAGGCAAAACGAACUGCAGAGCUGGGACCGGGAUUCCGCUCCAAAGAAAGUCCCAGACGUCCUCGGUGUCGCCCCUCGUACAGUUCGAAGGUGUGACGUCGGAGAUGGAGGAGAGUUCGGAAUCAGCUGGAGAUAUGGAAGGGGAGCGACGUAGCAUAGAUACAGCUUCAGACGAGGGUUGCCCAGUAUUAGUACCAGUCUUCUCGCUUCUUGCGGUCUUCAGAGGAAGUCGAACCCAGUACCUCUCGUCCCAAGUCCUCCUCUGUCUGGCGAAGGUUGGCGUGUGUAGCUGCCUGGACCCGGAUGUACUGGUCACUUCUUUGCUUUCCAGGUUCCACCAGCAGCCUCGCCCACUUCAGACCAUGAUCCUUAAACUCAUCCCUCAGCUGGUGCUAACAGAAGUGGACCUCGCUUCAGAUGCAUUCCGUACAAAAGAGCCCCAACCAAACUACACCACGCGUCGCCAGAGACGUCUCUCCAAGUCUUCUAAAGCCAGUCCUCUGAGGAGCGAUAGCGCAGGGGAAGCCUUCUCCCGCUUCACAGGACUACACAGAGGAAGCCUGGAAACGACUGUGUCUCCUUCUUGGGCCUGCUUCUCUCAGUACUGUGCCCUUUUGACGUGCGAGAAUCAUGUGGUUGCUUUAGAGACGGCCAAGUCUCUUAGAUCAUUUGUGAACUUCGGUUCUUCAUCUCUAAAAGAGGAGCUUUUCCGUGUUGUGAUUCUUCCGUCAAUUCUAAGAAGCGAUGACAGGCACAAAACCAUUCGCUUUCCAUUCGAGGUCAGCUCGUCCCCAGAUCCCGAGGUUGACCACGUGCAUAUGCCACGCCUUCAUCCGGGUUCUUCGGGUCACAUAUCAAAGGAUGUUCUAAAGGUAUUACUCAGUUUUCUACCGUCGCUACUUCUCAAUGAGAACUCCAGAAGCUUAUUCUUCGGCUGUGGAGGUUUGAAUGAGAUGCUAUCCUUCCUUGCCGUCCAGGAAGUCCAGGAACUUGUGAUCAGCGUUUUCAGGUACCUUGUAAUGCUUGAGGAUCGAGCGCAGAGCAGAGAGAGGUCUCGCGGUUCCACGAACAAGAGCACUGAUAGUGAGGGUAGCGAAGGAAGAAGGAAAGAAGAUCUGGACAUUGCAACAAAGGCGUUUCUAUCAUUGCUUCAGUUCACUGCAUGUCUGGAAGAGGAGUCAAGUGUGCUGGUGAAGCCUACUGAAGAAAUUAAGGCCUUUGGAGGUCUUCCUAGUGAAAUCCUGGACAAAGAGCAAAGCCCUGUUGCGGGUUCACCACCCGGUGAUUGUACACCUAAGCGUGAUGAUGCAAUUGAGUCCUUGGACAAAUGUGGUGAUAACCAGGAACUACCUAAAAAAGAUGUCGAAGAAUCCUCAACUGAGACUACUGUUGGAAAUCAGCAAAGUUCUGGCAAUGGUACUUUAUCCCAGGAAAACUUCAAUAGUAUUCUUGGAAAUGAUGUUGAAGACUCUCCUGAUCUGACACCUACAGCAAGAACUCAUUUCCUGGAAGAGAGUCUCGCUCAACCGUCAGCCGCUCUCGAGAACAUUUCUCUAAGAAUUUAUGUUUGGAAAGCCUGCCUAGACCUUGUGGUGUCCAACAAGCUUUUUCUGGAAUUGUUAAUUGAUGGUAAUGUACAGGUGUACAGUUACGAGCUGUUGAAGUGGCUGCUGGAGUUCUUCCAGAAUCAGUUUACUUGUGAAGUGGUUGAGGAAGAGAAGGAUGCUCUGAGGGACAUGGUGGCUCUCUUCGAGGCUGUGCUUGCUGUGUGUAUUCGCUUAGCCUAUGUAGGCCUAUGGCAGGAUCAAGCUGCGUUACCCAGUAUCGACUCACUUCUUCACACCACUGAAAGAACCGUCAAGUUCUCGGUCGUUCUGAGGGAGUUCCUUGGCCGCGGCUUGUGCGACGCUCUUACCAAGGCUGCUGUCAAGACACUACUGCCUCCUGCAGUCCACACCCAGCAGGAGGGGGAGGAGGAGGAGGUGCACUCGGCCCCCUUCUACCGGGAUGCAGGUGGCGAGGGUAAUGCGGAGUGGUCACAGCUGAUGAUCGAGGAUGAGCUGGAGACUCUGAAUGGAGGGAAGAAGUCGUUGGAAGACGGGUACGAGGCAGAUAAUGAAGUGAACUCGGACAGCAGUGACGAUCAAGACGAGAAGAUAGCACGUCAGAGACGGUCGGUGCGGGAGCGGCAGAGGAACUCAGAGGUUCGAGAAGACACGGUGUUCUUCCGUGGAUUGGUCAUCCAUCCGCAGAUCUGCAAGUUCCUGCUCAAAUUAUUGACAGCCGUCUAUCAACAGGAGUCGUGCAAGUCUGCGAGGAAAGUGAUUGUGUUGACCCAUGCCGCUCAGUGCCUGCUCGGGCUGGUCAAGGACUGUGAGCAAAACUGCAAGCUUCUUUGUGAGCAGGGGAUGCUGUCCAGUCUACUGGCCUGUUACCGUGACGUGCUGUGUUCAUCCCAUGAGUCUCUAGGAGGUCUUCAGGCCACACUCAUGGAUGUGUUUGUGAGUCUCGCAGCUCAGAACAUCAGAGCAGCCGAGUUGUGGGAGCUCGUUCAAGUUUUCAAGGCCAAGUCUGUACCGUGGGGUCUGCUGUGCGGAUCUCUGGCGCAAGUCGCUGGCAAGGCCUCCCAGUACCCAGGCCCCGGGUAUAUGCUCAGCUUUCCCUGCCGUUUACACACGGUUGAGUCAAGGUUUAAGCCCACGGGGAGAAGGGCGCGAGGUCAGCGGAUACCGUCUAAAGUCCCUAGGAAAAGUUUAAGCCGAAGAGGGCGGUCUCAGUUGGAUAGUCCUGGCGAUGCGUCGAGUGAGGGUGCCACAUCAGAAGUGUCACUCUUAAAAGCAAAAACCAAAUCACCGGACAGUCCAGGGCGGUCACGGCGCGUCCGAAACAACGUCGGACAACAGACGGCAGAAAGCACCCGCCCCAGGGCCGCCUCUUUGCGUGCGUCCAAAAUGCACCGCAGCGCGUCCUUGCCAAGCGCAAUGGCUGAGAGCUGGGACCCUAAAGUAGUCACAACAAGCUUGACAGAGGACUCUGCUGACCUCCCCUCCCCAUUCGACAUCAAGGCAGUCAAUCUUCGUCUCCAAGGCAGCGUCCCGUUGCCUUCCUCGGGGUUCAGCAUUGCAUUGUGGGUACGGUUUCAUAACAUUAGGCGGUAUAUGGAUUGUGAGGCCCCCACUUGGAAAGAUGAAGGAAGAGCACGCAGUUAUUCGGGCCGUUUGGCAGGUCUUCGGGCCGCCAGGGCCGCCGCCAUGCCAAGUGAUUUCGCGGCAGCCAGGGGGGACUCGUUGUUCUCCUCGGGGGAGGCCUUACACUUAUGCUCGUUUGGCUCGCGGCGAAGCUUGUUUGAAGUGUGGGUCCUUCCGCCAAGUGGAUGCGUACUUUUCAGAUGGACCAAGUCGACUAAGGGAGGCAGUGAUGGCUAUGACAUCGUGAGGGAGCUGGUGACCCGUGUCCCGGGCCUCACACGCGGCUGGUGGCAUCACCUCGUCAUCUCAUUCGCACAGACCAGGCAGAAGCGCCCUCCUGUAGACGAUAUGGGUGAAAUAGAGAUACAGGAACAUGUCUGCAAGAUCAUGACCAUCGUUGAUGGUACCGAGAGCAGUGAGCAUAACUUCGGUCCGGCGCUUUCUCUACAAGAAGACUCAAAGUGUCUCUUGUCCGGGCUGUUGUUAGGUCACAUGACCCUCCGUACAUCCCGACCAGAGAGGACUAGUGACCCUGUCGGUCCACCGGAUGGCUAUGACUUAGGAAACGUCCAGGUGUUUGCAGCGCCAGGUCGCCCAUCCAAAUACAGCCCGUCCCCUAGCAACUGGGUGAUUGACAGAGACGGUGCAUUCUAUUUGUUUACGUUGGGCCCCAAUGCCGUCACUGCUGGUAACUUGCAGAGGGACUUGACAUUGGUGCCGCGGAAGCUGAACGAUCCUUCUAAGCCUUUCCUGGUUGCCAGCCGACUAUGGUCCAGGCUCUCCAUAACCGAACGUGCGGUUGCGGCCGAACUCUCCCCAGGCUUCUUGGUCAGCCCGCAUCUCAUAAUCCCGGAUGUAGAGAUGAGUGUCAAGGAAAAGCUACUGCUGUGUUACUCCCCCGCACAUCACUCAGUGUUUCAGCAAAACGUCAGGAUCCCUGUGGCGGAUGAGCGGUCGCGACGCAUUCUGGGACCCGAGUCUUCCAGCAGAUCGAGCCUAAAGCCCGGCGCACUUCAAAGCGAGGCGAGGAUAUUCUUGGAAGUGGAAAGUCUGAAGUGCAGUUCUCUGUUAGAAGCGGCUCACGAUGUUGGAGGAAUGACUGUGUUUAUUUACCUUUUUGCAAAGGUCGUUGAAUCCAGCGAGGAUCCACAAACACAAGCCAGCGGUCUCUCUGUUGUGCUUUCACUUCAAAAAAACUGUGAAUACCACAGCCGCGCCAUGGAUGAGGAAUCUGGAUACGAACUGCUGAAGCAAAUCCUGUUGAGCCCGCAGUGCAAGAUUGGAUAUCACGUGCUCAAGGUGCUGAUGGAGGCGGCGUGUGACGGAGACGUGUUCAAGCACACUAGUCUGUCCGACAUCCCCAUCAUGCUCAACAUCGACUCAAACGCGGUGGUGCGUAACGUUGACAUCUUCACGCAUUUUCUGCUGAACUGGAAGAUCUGGGAGAAGGCAAAGCAGGGGGUGUUGGAGAUGCUGCUCUCCACGCUUGAGAUCCUCGUGCACUGUAGCCAUCCCCACUACCAGUUCAACAUCUGCCAGUUCCAGAAAGCCGAGCUUGUCCAGCAGUUGCUUAUUGGGUGUCAGGAGCGUCAAGGUGAAGAGUUUAAGGAAGUCCCCGCGAGUAUUAGCACGCUUUACGUCAACAUCAUCUCCCACAUCAUGGGCAGCAAUCCGCCAGACCUGACUGUGCUCAAAGCUGUCUGCGAAUUCCUGAUCGCGAUCCACAGCUCGGACGACACCACGCGCCUGCACUCGCCCAGCAGGUUCUACCUAGCUGAGCAUGCCUUUGAUUUUGGUCGCCCCUCACCUUAUCGUGUCCGCUACCCCUCGCCUCACCACUCCCCUGCACUCUCCUCGGAACCAAUCAGCCCAGGCAAGCCGAUACCAACCACCCCUCUCAGCCCACACAUCCCUGACGCGACUCCAGUACGGUGUGUGUCACGCAUUCCAGCUCAUUCGUUACCGUCACACCUAGACCACCCGGUGUUGUCACACUAUGGAGAAGCUUCUUGGGCUGGAGAUGGAAGCCUUUGUCGUGCUUUUGGGAUUGACUCCAGGACUAGGGAGAGACAUGAAACAAUAACGACCGAGAAUCUCGAAGACCAGAAUAACACCAAGGCAGACACUGAUGAUCAAGCUGAGAAUGGGGAAAAUGAAGAGUUAUACCAGAGUCGAGACAAGCUCAAGCUUACAGAUGACAAUGCCGAUCUCGAUCCAAAUCACAAGGUCUCGUCAAGUUGUCCUUCUAUUCCCAUGAAUCACGGCCUCACAGUUCAAAUCCCAGAGUGCAGGACCUGGAGUAUGGCGCCUCAAGGGGUGUCCUCAUCGGUGGAUGGUGACCCAAUCCUCUUCCACGAUAACCACUACCCUGAGGUAGACCCCAUCAGGUGCCCUUCCUCUGUGAGCCCUGCCACACCCAAGACCCCUGUAGGGUCCUACCUCGGUCCCGGCAGUCACCCCGUAUCUAUUGACCGGAAGAGGAUGACACCUCGUGAAUGGAAUUCUAGUGUGGACGUGCAGGAGUAUGAGUUCAUCAACGAGUCGGACUUCAGCUCGCUAAGAAGCAGCCUUGCUCAUUGCCCAAGCUCUACAGACGAGUAUCUUGUUGUUGACGGGUUUCCCGGUAUCAUGUCAACUACUCGGUUAUACCGACCACCCGAAGCAAGACGGAAAGUCGCUGAUAACAUGGCCAAGAUGCGGCUCGGUCUGCUCAAGCUACUGCAGAAGGUGUUGUUCAAUCUUCAGCCCGAGCAGGUGCCCGCGGUGAUCGGCGGAGUGCUAAAAGCCGAGUAUCUCCUAGUCUGGGUCUCGCAUGACUGCGAGAACAUCCGGGAACUCGUCAUCAAGAUUCUUUGCCUGUAUCUCCAGAAGGCGGAGCCAGAGCAGUACAGUCACUUUAUCCGUAGCAACGGUUACCACCUACUAGCCAAUCAGCUUUAUGACUAUCCUAUCACCAUGGAAACCGUAGAAGCGUGUCUUUGGCUUCUUGUUGGUCGUCAAGUUGAUUUGCAGAAAGACCUUGCAUAUGUGGAUACUCCUGACUGUAGCCUGCUGGAGACGGUGCGCCCCUUGGGUGUGGUUCCUCUGCUUGCUCUACUGGAGAACAGUCUCACCACCCCAAACCUCUUCCGCUUGAUGGUCAAGCACCUCUGUCAGCUCUUCAUUAAGGUGGAUGAUUUGUGUCUUCAAGCAGUGGCGAACGGUCUGCUUCAGACCAUAUGCAACGUUAUCUCUGGGCUCUCACGUAUCCUGCAGAAGCAAAGUGCUGAUUGCAGAGCACAGCAGUGGGACAUGCGUGACCUGGUCUCGUCUGUUCAGGAGUUCAUCGCGUGUAUGGUCAGGAAGGCCUGCAGCACUUCUGGUGACCUCCUGUUUCAAAUGUUCGAGGACUUGCUGGUGGUGCUUGAAAAUCUCGAGGAGUGGGAUCACCGCAAGAGCAGAGAUAAUGGCACCUACAUGUUGUACCUGGCCAGGUACCUCCGGUACUUCGCGGUCCAGGUAGCACUGCACUUUUUCCAGGAAAUUUGCAAAGAGGAGACAGCGAUGGGAGCUGCUCGGAAAACCAAGAAGAAUACUGGCCUUAGGCUCCCGUUCCGCGUCUCUGAUCGCUCGCCUGAGCAGUCUCCGUUCAGCCCAGUCUCCUCAUGGAUCCAUCUCUCUUCCGGUGACGAUCAACCGAGCUUGGAUCCAAGCCUCCUAAAGAGCUCCCCCACACGAGCCAACCUGAACGAGCAGACCCGUCGCUUCAAGAACACAGUCCAGACUGCGGUCAACUUUGUAAUCUAUUCUAAGACUUUCUUUCUCCAGGAUGCGUGCGGCCCGCUCCAGUUCUACGCGGCAGACUUGCAGGUGCAUGAGGUGUUACAGCCGGCCAUCGUGAAAGGAGCAUCAACUGGUCUUGACAUCAAUCGCGAGUUUGCUCAGUUCGUGUUCAGUCUGAUGUUGGAGUACUUAGAAGCGUCCCUGGACGGCAAGCGGAGCGCUUCAAGCAAGUUGUUCUACACGUCCAAGGACCUCAUUAAGUGUCAAAUGAGUAAACUAUUGGUUCAUCUGCUGAGCCCAGGACAGGACCCAGAGCUGAGCUUCUACGUGCUCCAGCUUGCCAACCAUCCCCAAGCCAAGAAGCUGCUCUACGCGCUGAUCACGUGCAACGGUGGUGGAAAGCACAAGGAGAGGCUGGUGAUUAAUAUGCCGAAACUUGUUACCAAUCCCCGACUGAUAGACAACCAAAAAGUGGCCGCCAAGAAUUUUAUGGAGCUGCUGGAAUCCUGCGGGCUCAGAGUGAUGACAGUUGGAGAGAGCUCGAACCCCGACGAGCAAGCAAAUCAGUGGGAUCAGGCGGAUACCAUAGGAAUGGUGGAGUGGCAGAAGAAACGCGUCGAGUCGAACAGACCGUUGACACAGCAAGUGGUGUCUCUUGGGAAACAGACCUCUGCUUCUGCUAUGGACGUGACGAGAGUCGUGGUGGAGAUACAAGACGGCCAAAGGCAGACUCUACUCAAGCACAACAGAGACGCUCUUUCGGCUGAGGUGCAGGUCAGAAAGAAAUGGCGGCAGCUGAUAGAGAGGCUCACACACGAAAGAUCCAUCUGGUAUGACGAGGAUUUUUUUCCAACGUCCUGGAGACUGGAUCCGACUGAGGGACCGUCACGUGUCCGAUGUCGUUUGCAAAGAUUUCACUUAGACAUUAGCGAUCGCUUUGUCAUGGACGGGUACAAAAAGGAAAAUCCUAGGCAAGGAUACACACCAUUGGCCUAUCUGUUUGAAGACACGACAACCUCUAUGAAGAAGAAUGUCUACUAUAUAUUUGACACUCUUGACACAAUACGCUUCCAGUGUCAUUGCAAAAACAUAACAUUGGACACUAAAACACAGGGCGUGAUCCUCAUUGGUGAAAGCCAUAUGUACUUUGUCGGAGAAGGGGCUAUCGCUGAUACCGAUAUAACUCAGAUUCUGCUUGGAAACAAAGACACCGUGUCCAUUUCCUGGUCAAAUGAUGACAUCCUGGAAAUUCGCUCACGUCGUUACUGCCUCCAGGAUAUUGGUAUAGAAGUAUUUCUAUCAAAUGGACGGACUUAUCUACUCGCGUUCGACAGCAAGGAGGAUCGAGACCUUGUGCUGAGCGAGUUUAAGCAGAGGCGGUUACCGAUCAUUGAGAGGCCUGCAUCCGAACACCUUAACAGCGUCACAGCUAGGUGGCGCGCGGGUACCCUGUCUAAUUUCGAGUACCUAACCGAACUCAACAAGAUGGCGGGUCGCACGUGUAACGACCUUAUGCAGUACCCAGUCUUCCCGUUCGUGCUCUCCGACUUUACCAGCGAGGUCCUGGACCUGAAUGACCCCAAGACCUUAAGAGAUCUAACCAAACCGAUAGCUGUGCAGAACCCCAUCAUGGAAGCCAAGUAUAAAGAGUAUUACAGGUGUCUAAAGGAAGACUAUGAGCAACAAGGGGAAAGUGACCCCGCGGCUGCACCCUGUCACUAUAGCUCCCACUAUUCCAACAGUGGCACAGUGCUACACUUCCUCGUCCGACUUCCACCCUUCACCAAUAUGCUUCUACAAUAUCAAGAUGGCAAUUUUGACCAACCUGAUCGAACAUUCCACUCGUUGGCGACUACGUGGCGAUUGUCCUCGUACCAGUCUCCCACCGACGUCAAGGAGCUUAUCCCUGAGUUCUUCUUCCUCCCAGAAUUCCUCGAGAACUUUGAAGGGUUCGACUUUGGAUUCCGCCAGAAUGGUGUCCGUGUCAUGGACGUCUCUCUUCCGCCGUGGGCCAAGAACAACCCACGCCUGUUCAUACUCAUACAUAGACAGGCCUUAGAGACGGACAUUGUAUCACAGCAUUUGCAUAACUGGAUAGAUCUCAUCUUUGGAUUCAAGCAGACUGGCAAAGACGCAGUGGAGGCGCUUAAUGUGUUUCAUCCUGCGACGUAUUUCGGCGUGGACAUCAACUCGAUCACAGACCCCAUCAGCAACAAGGCCCUGAAGACCAUGAUCGAGACGUAUGGUCAGACCCCGACGCAACUCUUCACCUACCCGCACAGCCCGUGGGUCACCCGCAAACCCCAGGCCCUCUCUGCCGCGGACACGGCUUCUGUCAGCUCGCUGAAGUUGGACGCGGAGGUCGCUUCAUUCACGGGGACUUUUAUCAAUAGAUUCACGAGCUCUUUCUCGUCUGAAAACACUAUCGUCGGGAGCAUCACUGAUACACUGGCAGACAUUCCCAGGCCCGUGAACACUGCAGAGGGCCUCAAAUGGGGCUCUUACGUCGGCUCUCCCGCUUUACCUGCCCCGAUGCUAGCCCCCAUCCAGGGCCUUAGCACACCUGCGCAUGCUCUUGUCUGUGGCCGUGACGACAGGGUUCACGUGCUCUGUACAGACACCACACUAAUCACCAUGUACCAGAAGGCCGAUGCUGCCAUUGAUUCUGAGCGACUUCUGCUCUCGGCAGUGCUCAGCUGGGCUGCCAUGAACGGGCAACUGGAUGUCUACCAUGGUGGAACCAGCGCUUCACCCAUGCUGCUGAUGGGAACCAAAACCCCAGAUAAGGUAACGCGCUGUGCUGUGAGCCGCAAGUCGCUGUUUAUCGGAUCAUCCACGGGAGCUUUGUCUGUGAUACCAGUCAAAUACAACCAGGCAACGGACUGCGGGAUCGAGGUCCAAGGAACACGUGUUCGUCUUUAUGGCCACACCCAAGCUAUCACGUGUCUGCACGUCUGUCACGAGUUCAGUGUUGUGGUCAGCGCUGGUCAAGACGGUCGUGCUAUCAUAUGGGACCUGAACAGGUUGAGUUAUGUGCGAAGUCUCACGCACUCCAACGCCGUGACCGCUGUCUCCGUUAGUCGUACAUCGGGGGAUAUCGCUACUGUCUCAAACGCAGUUGAAGUCUACGAUGGAGAGAGCGUCGGGGAGGAGGAAAGUGAUCUCUAUCUGUGGACAGUCAAUGGCCGCCCGAUAGCGCACAAAACCUGCGAGAUAACAAUCAACUGCCUCGACUUCUCAAGAGCGCCCGAAGGGCUGUCAGUCAACGUCAUAGCAACGGGCCUUAGCAACGGCGCUAUCAGACUUUGGAGUACUUGGGACUUGCAGCACAUACGGGACAUCGCACCGGAGCAUCAUCUUCACCCAAUCACGGCAGUUGCCUUCUCCGAAGACAGUCAGCGGUUAUUCGCACUAAACAUGCACGCUAAGCUGAUGGUGUGGCAGAGACGAGACAAGUCUUACCCCAAGCCCCCAACGGUCAUCUCCUUCCCAGCAUCCUACUGCGCGCCUAGAGCUCCAGCGCGUGAUAAUCGAUCAAAUACUGAUAACUGAUUAAUUCUGUGCGAUCACUUAUCGAUUAGCUAAAUUGGUGACUCCCAGCUAACCGUAACAUGGCAUUUGCCGCUUGUUAAUGGAUAGAUCAUAAUGUUCAGCAAGUGAUACUUGCUGUAAAAAGUAGGGCUUUUUUUGAAAUCUCACGUAUUGCAUACGCAAAAAUUACAUCGACUGUUAUUCAGAUUUAAUUGUACUUAAUAUUUUCCAGUAAUAAUAGAAACUGUGACGAGAUUAUAUUUUGUUAAUAGAGUUUUGUUAUUAAACUAUUUUUGCUAAUUAACAUAUGUAGAUAUUAUCUUAAAAGACAAUAACCGGUACUAUGUAACGUGUUUAUUGAUGUAAUUAUUUUGUGACUGAAAAUACUAGUGGUCGUUUUGCUACAAACUGUAUUCCAAAGAAGAGAAAUUGGUAUAUUUUCCUCUUUUCUUAGCAGGGAAAAGAAUAAUACACAUGUACAAUAAACAUUAUAAUAAUAGACUAUGAAAUAAAACAAAUAAUUUAUUUA